UCAGUUUUAUUCUUCCCAUUUUACAGAGAAAGACAAGAAAGGUUAAGUCACAUAGAUGGAACAGGCUGAUGCCAGAAUGGACACCCUCAGCUUCCUCAGCCGCCCCCAGGUUGACUCCAUCACCGAGGGCCAGGGUCCCAGUGCCCCCAGGCUCUAGGAACUGCUAUUUGGCUGGGGCUCCCAGGAGAAGGUGAAGCUUAAUGAUUUAUGGGUGAUUAGCUGCAAGAAUGCAAACGCAGAAGACACAAACCUUUAUGCCCUGGAAAUCUGUCACAAGCCAACCAGUUGUUUUCCAUCCCUGUGAAGCAGGAGUAAUUGGAGGUCUGACAGAAGAACUUCCCAGUUACCAGAAGGAGCAGCACUCACGCACUCUUAGUUUUGUGUGAGGUAUUGCCCCUGCCUUGGUCAACAGUUCGAGUCAGAGAGAGGGGCACUGGGCACAAUCCCCACCAGAGGUUCCCAUUCACAAGACCCCGUGGGGGCUGGGAGAGGCCCUGGGGCAGCAGCCCUGGGGUAACCAAGGGAACAAACACGGAAAACCAGGGACGUCAGUCCUUAUCUGGAGCUCAUUAAAUGGGGAACAUCAGUCAGCUGUGAAGGCUAAGAUAGGGUGAUAGGCACGUGGGUGGGUUGGGAUGGGGCAUGGGGGCAGAGGCUGCCAUGGAGAAGAGGUAUUGGCCUCAACGACUCCACCUCCCCACCACGUGCCCAGAUCCGGGACGGAAGUACCCUAUAAAUGCCCACAACCCAGCCUCCCCAGAGGCCUUGAGAAAGAGAGCGGUAGAGAGCGAAAGAGAGUGCCCAGAGCCUCCUGGCCCUGAGACGGCCCGGCCAGCCACGCAGGACCCCGCAGCAUGUGGGAGCUCCGCUCCAUAGCCUUCUCCAGGGCCGUGUUCGCAGAGUUCCUGGCCACACUCCUCUUCGUCUUCUUUGGCCUCGGCUCGGCCCUCAACUGGCCACAGGCCCUGCCCUCUGUGCUACAGAUCGCCAUGGCAUUUGGCUUGGGUAUUGGCACCCUGGUACAGGCUCUGGGCCACAUAAGCGGGGCCCACAUCAACCCAGCCGUGACUGUGGCCUGCCUGGUGGGCUGCCAUGUCUCCUUUCUCCGAGCCACCUUCUACGUGGCUGCCCAGCUGCUGGGGGCUGUGGCCGGAGCCGCUCUGCUCCAUGAGAUCACGCCAGCAGACAUCCGCGGGGACCUGGCUGUCAAUGCUCCAGGACAGCAAGUGCCUCUUUUGUGCCUCAGUCUCCAGUAUUUCCUGGCCUGUUCCAUCCCUGGGCCACUGGACAAGAGUCCUGAUGUCUCUGACAAGUCCUGCACAAUCUCUGUGGCCACCCGCGUCUCUGCACAGCUCAGCAACAGCACGACAGCUGGCCAGGCGGUGACCGUGGAGCUCUUCCUGACGCUGCAGCUGGUGCUCUGCAUCUUUGCCUCCACCGAUGAGCGCCGUGGAGAGAACCCGGGCACUCCUGCUCUCUCCAUAGGCUUCUCCGUGGCCCUGGGCCACCUCCUGGGGGUAGGUCAUGGCCAUAGGUUCCAGCCUCCCUGGAGGAACAGACACACAGACCACUCCAGAGACAGACACAGAGACCCCAAGAGGGACACAUACACAGAACUCUCAAGAGGAACAGACACCCCAGAGAUCCACUACACCGGCUGCUCUAUGAAUCCCGCCCGCUCCCUGGCUCCAGCUGUCGUCACUGGCAAAUUUGAUGACCACUGGGUCUUCUGGAUCGGACCCCUGGUGGGCGCCAUCCUGGGCUCCCUCCUCUACAACUACGUGCUGUUCCCGCCAGCCAAGAGCCUGUCGGAGCGCCUGGCAGUGCUGAAGGGCCUGGAGCCGGACACCGACUGGGAGGAGCGCGAGGUGCGGCGGCGGCAGUCGGUGGAGCUGCACUCGCCGCAGAGCCUCCCACGGGGCACCAAGGCCUGAGGGCCGUCAGCGGCCUCUACGGCCCCGAUGGACGCGUGUGAGGCCCGAAGCAGAAGGGCCCACCCCGUCCCUCCUCUCCCCCAGGUCUGAAGUUGGCCCCCCAGCGCAGAGUAGCUGCUUCCUGUACGUGCGCGCCGAGGCCAGUGCUGUGAGCAAGCGUAGAGGAGGCUGCCGGAGGGAGCCCUGAGCCUGGCAGGCCCCCUGCCCCGAGGCUGUGAGCAGCCAGUAGUGGAUCCUCCAGCCUUUUGCAGGGAACUGGGAACUUGGGGGACUGAGCUGCGGAGGGAGGCAGGUGGGUGGUAAGAGCGAACCUCUUGAGAGCCUGCACCCAGGUACCGGGUGGGGAGUGUACAGACCCCUGCCUUGGGGGUUCUGGAAAGAGUGCAACGGUUUUAUUAGUGUGCAAGUGUGUUCAUCCCCGAGUUCUCCUUUGUCCUUACAUGUAGGGUUGUGCAUGCCCCUGAGUGUGAACAGGUUUGCCUACGUUGGUGCAAGUGUGCACGGCUGGGGAAUUCUCACUUCCCCUUGCACCCCUUCCUCCCCAACCUGCAAUAAAUCCACUUCUGCAGUGGAUAAGUGUGGGUGCCAGUCAUCCUCAGGGGAAGGGAAGGAGGCCACUUUGAGAGGGCUGAAGGGAGGGCCUUGAUUUCCAGCUGCAAUCUGGCUUCUCCUGGAAAAUGUCCCCUACCUGCAGCGCUGGGCCCCAGCGCUUUGGUGACCAAAGAUUUCCUUUCUGUGGUGAGGGAGAACCUCUCCAAAGAGGAAGCAGGCAUAUGAGUGUGCACACCUUCACGUGUGUGUAUGCUGUGUGUGCCCAGGACCCCCGUCUCCAGGGUUGCCCCAGAUCCAGAGAUUAGCCUCCCACUUGGGCAGAGAAAACAAAAGCCCUUUGUGGGACCCGGGCCUUUGUCUUGGGAAAGGGGGAGAUUUGCAACUAGACACUUCUUGAAAGGAGACACUCAGUUUCCCAAGUCAGCCCUCUUGCCCAGCACACACCUAUGGCUGGCUGGGCAAGGCACUCAGGCAUGCAACCAUGGGUACCAGGCAACACCCCUUCAUCACCCAUCUCAUUCUCCCCAGUCCUCGGGCAGCAGCUCCUCCGCCCCAGGAACCUCUGUUCCUUCUCUCUCUGCCUCUCCACAGCCUGUGAUUCCCUGCUUCUGGCUCCUACCACUGAACAGUCAUUGUGGAUAGAGCAGCCUGUUGCGCUCAGGACCAGGGAAGGGAAAUGACUUCUCCAGGCAGAGGCAGAUCGGAGUCUAGAACCCAGGCUUCUAAAUUUCUAGGCCAGUAUGACUGUUCUCAAAUGAGAUUAACCGGGAUUAAGUGAGAUGACGCAUGUAAAGAUGCUGUGUAAACUGUAAUUCUUAAUACCAUUAACACGCAUUACUAGAAUCAUUUUCAUUAUUUCUGCUUCCUGGGGGAAGGAUGCAGAAGGAGUUUGAUGCUCAACAUCCCUUACCUCCUUUCACUGAUGGCCAAAGCAAAGGAGAGUCCUGGGAGCCUGCAAGAUCCAGGCAGAAGGAGAUGGGUUUGGGGCUGGCCCCAUCCUGGUCCAGCCUCUUAACCUCUCCUUACCCUGCAUGUGUGCCCUAUCUUUUCUCCCACCUCCUUCCUCCCACCACCCAGCCCCAUCCAUUCUCUCCUUCCCUCUCCAGCCUGUUGUAUAAGUAAUAUGUGGGUCAUACCUUGAACCCCCCACCCUCAUGCUCUCUGUGGCCUCCAUGCCUUCAAGACUUCUGUCUAUAUCUAGCUCACACUGCACCAAGCACCCACUGUGCACCAGGCACUGAGUCUCUAGCCUCUUUCUCCCUUCUGCUUCCAUCCAAGAAAGACAGUGUAUAAGGAACAUCUCUGCAAUUGUGUCCCCUCUGAUCUAUGCUCUUUACUGUCUUCCUUGACCAAAGCUCUCUUUGAGGUCCAAAAAAGGCUGCCCCAGGCCAUAGGUGCUAUGGAGAGGACUCUCCCAAACCCCCAAUAGCUAGUGACAGCCACUUGGCCUCACUACCAGAAGAGUAGGGGAGUCAGAAACCAAAGUGACCUCCACAGCUGUCCUCCUGGCACCUGAGUGUCCUUGCUCUAGAGGUUCAAAGGCAGCAAGGCAGUGAGCUAUGAGCCCAUCAUGGAUAUGUCUCAGGCACCUCGUCCCCACCCCACCUACCCCAACAAACUCCUCUAGAAGAAGCCAAGAAUUUAUCUCUAUGUCUGUUUCACUUCUUGGAUUGCAUCUCCCCCAAAACUAAACAUGAAAUCCCUACCACUUCCAGCUUCUAUUGCCCAUUGGGGUCAGAGGUCAAAAAAGGAUUCCAAGUGAUGGAACUCCAGGAGUGAAGGGAAAUUGGCAGUUCCUGGCAUCUCUUGUGUACCAGCUGCUGUGCUGGGUGCCUUGCAUGCAAGGGUUCAUCUAAUCUUCCUCAAACUUCUGAUAGGUUAGGGAAGGACAAAGGCCCCCAGCCAUAAAGGGUUUUGCUAUUUCCAAAGCUUCCCCUUAUCGUCCCCUGUGAUUAUCUCCCAACCCUGUGACAAAGGUAGAGCAAAUAUUGUUCUUCCCAUUUUACAGGUU